GCAAAUAGGAUGAUUGAUUACUAAUUUUAUUUAUGGGUCAAAUAAUGCAGCCACAUUCUUAAAAUGAAAAAGCAUUUCUGGACAUGCUUUUUCAUUUGAAAUAUGGUAACGAUUUGCUUCCAUAGAAGAGGGGAACUGGAUUUCGCACAACACCUUUUACGUCAGCACUUGCGUCUUCAACACAAGCCUUGAUACUUCAGCAAACAUCUGCCUGGACUGGACUAAUGGACACAAGCUUCGAAGUAGACAUACUGGAUACAUAACUGGAAAAUAGCAGAUUACAAGCAACAGCAACAGGCUGGUAGAGGCCAGUUAGCCUGUGAGCUAACUGAGAAGCUAACUCUCUCGGAGGACAUUUAGAUAAAAGCACAGAAAUGACUUUACAUGGAGAAUACUGCACUGUUCACAACCUUUUUCAUGGGGAAAUGGAGAAAACAAACUAGAUUUCCCGGUUUUCCACACAUCAUGUCUGUUAAUGCAUUGGAGGUUGAUGCUCAUCACAUUACCCUCUUUCCUAUUAACCAAGAGACCACACAAGACCAACUAACAGAGAUGAAAGAGGAGGAAGCCGAACUGCAGCAGACGGUGGAGGUAAAACCACACCCAGAAUCACAACCAAUCAGAGGAGAACAUGUUGAACUCAGCAUCUUUCAGGAUGUAAAGCAGCUUGUUAUAAAGCAGGAGACUGAUGCCUCUAUGCUGCCUCCUUCUAAUGCGGACAUGUUACACACCAGAACUGAAACAGAACUGCAGUGGAUGACAGAAAUAAAAGAAGAACCAGAGUCUCAACAGAUUAAGGUGGAGCAGGUUGAACUCUACCAUGUUGGAGUGAAGAAGGAAACCGACAACUUUAUGUUGUUUCCUGCUUACAAGGACUCCUCCCACAGCGGACCAGAACCCCUGCAGUUAACUGAGGCAAAGGAAGAACCGGAACCUGUAGAAAAGGAGAAGCUUUUCAGUGAUCAUGAUGAAGAACAGCUUGCAGUGAAGCAGGAGACUAAUACUUGUAUGAUGACUCCUAUCAGUGAGGAGGACAUCGGUAAAUCAGAACUAAUCAAGGACCAACUCCUCUCUUCAAACCCCUCUAAAACUGAGGAGCAACAUCAGCCAGGAAGCAAUCGGGAAGACUCAGGAUCAGGUAGAGAGGAAGAGCUAAAGCCAGAGAAGAGACAUCAGGACAUCAGAAAUAAGAGAAACAAUGCGGACAAUUCAAAACUAGGCAGCCAUAAAAAUGUUGUGCCUUCUUGUGAAACCUGUGGCAAGUCUUUCAUUCAGAUUGGACAAUUGACUGAUCAUGUGUGCAGUCAGAAGCCUUUCCAUUGUCCGACUUGUGGAAAAGGCUUUACUGUGAAAAGUAAGUUAAAUAUUCACAUCAUGACUCACGAGAGAGAGAACCCAUGUCCUUGUAAAAUAUGUGGUAAGUCUUUUAGAACAGCCAGCCAUUUAGCCAGUCACAUGAGAGUUCACACAGCUGGGAAGCAAUCUUCACUCAUGACUUGUGGAAAGGAUGUCGCCGAGCAAAAUAACUCAAAUAUUCAAACAGGUGCUCACAAAGAUGAGAAGCCAUUCCUCUCUCCGACCUGCAGGAAUAGUUUCAGUGAAACAGGAAGUUUCGAAACACACAGAGUUCAUGUUGGUGAGAAGCCUUUAAGUUUGACCUGUGGGGAAGUUGUUGCCCAGAAACCUGAUUUAAAUGUUCCAACUAGAACCCAUGUGGGGAAAAAAACAUAUCCAUGUCAUCUGUGUGAUAAAUCUUUCAUUCAAAGUACCGAUUUGGCACGACACCGUAGGACUCACACAGAUGAGAAGCCAUAUUCUUGUGAACUGUGUGAAAAAUCUUUUAGACGAAAUAACAUGUUAGUUCGUCACAUGAGAGCUCACACAGGCAAGAGGCCAUAUUCCUGUAAAGUGUGCGGGAAAACCUUUAAUGACAGGAAUCAUUUGGCCAGUCAUGGAAGAACUCACACCGGUGAGAAGCCUUUCCCAUGCAUGGUUUGUGGGAAAGGUUUUAACAACAAAUCUAACUUGAAUUACCACAUUAGAACUCACACGGGUGAGAAACCACAUCCGUGUGAACUGUGUGAUAAAACUUUCAGAACCACCAGUUGUUUGACUCGUCACAUGAGAACGCACACAGGUGAGAAGCCAUACUCUUGUAAAGGGUGUGGCAAAUCUUUUUGCGACAGUAGUCAAUUGGCUACCCACAUAAAAACCCACACAGGUGAGAAGCCUUUCAUCUGCCCUGAUUGUGGAAAAGGUUUUAUUCAGAAAAGUAGCCUGAGUUAUCACAUGGUGACACACACAGGUGUGAAGCCCUUCUCAUGCCAUGUUUGUGGAAAACGUUUUACCCAAAACAGUAACUUGAGUUAUCAUGUGAGAACUCAUACAGGUGAAAAGCCAUUUUCUUGUAAAUUUUGUGAUAAGUCUUUCAGUAAAAAUGGUGAUUUAACUCGUCAUGUAAGAACUCACACAGGAGAGAAGCCUUUCUCAUGUCUGACAUGUGGAAAAGGCUUCAUCCACAAAACAAACCUGAGUUAUCACAUGAGAACUCAUACAGGUGAGCAGCUGUAUUCUUGUGAAUUGUGUGGCAAAACUUUCUGCAGAAAUUGUGAUUUAAGCCGUCACUUAAGAACGCACACAAGUGAGAAACCUUUUCCUUGUGAAUUAUGUGAUAAAUCUUUCAGAACCACCAGCCAUUUGGCUCGUCACCUUGGAACUCACUCUGCAGUGAAGCCAUUUUCUUGAGAAAUGUUAAAUCAUUCAGUGGAUGCUUCCUUCAGCAGUCAGACAGCAGAUCACCAGAGAAGAAGUGAUGAUGAGGCGGUUAGGAAGGAGUUCUUAAAUCGAGGGCAUUUACCUCGCAGGAUUUCAGUUUAUUUAUAUAGCACUAGGGAUGGGUACAGGAUUCGGUACUUUUAUAAAUACCGACCGAAUUCCGUCAGUACUACAGAGUACCUAUUCAUACAAAUUUAAAUGGUACCAUGUUUCGGUACCUAAAUGCAUCAUGAGAGAGUUGUGUGGGUGAUUUUCCAUGCUGGAUAUGAACACAGCAUUGCACGCACAAGAGGCAUAAUGACAUCAGUGGCCACUGGUACCGUCAACAAAGCAAGCAUGGCUGAUAGAAAGCGCUCUCCACUUUUCAAAAUGCGACGCAGAUUACGCUUGUGAUGUGGAGUGGAAUACUUCUAAUUUGAGGAAGCUCCUGGUUAAGCAUAAGAUUUUCCUCAAGGCUGAAGAACGCACAACUAUCAUUAGCCUCGUAUAUACGGCUACAUCUCCUGCAUUCGGCUCCGUUAGCACGCCUGCAUCCGUUAGCGACUCAUCAUCUGCAGCCAGCAACAUGGGAGAAGAAAUGUUUGACACAAUUAAGAUGUUACCAUACAAACAGUUGGAUGUUCAUUUGAUAUAAUCAUUAAAGUUUAUACAGUGGUCAGAAGAAGUAUUUGAUACACUGCUGAUUUUGCAUGUUUUCCUACUUGCAAAGCAUGUAAUUUUUCAUCAUAGGUACAUUAACAAAUACUAGUGGCCGAACGCUCUCAAUUCCCCAACAAGUUUGAAUAUAUAAAGGUUUUGGGUGAGUUAGUAACAAUUAUUAAUGACAAUAAAUUAAUUAUAAUUAAAUGCUAGUAGCCCAAUAAUCACAAUCCCAUAGUGUACUCCUAACAUCUAUUCGUUGUGAAAGGUUUUGGUUAUUGUUGGAAGAUUUGUACAUGAAUUAUCAUUGCUUAGUUUAAAAAGGUUCUUUAUCUUUAGGAUUUACCAUUAAAAUACAUUUUUAUUUAUUUAGUUUGGGGAACUUUGAUAGAAGUGGUUUGAAUACUUUUCACAUUUAUCUUUGAAGUAUUUUAAUGAAUUAUUAACAGAAUUGUCAUCUUGUCUUAGAGUUACAUUUGGGUGGUUGCUAUGCAGACUGAGCAGGAACUUGUGUGUGGAGGAGUUUGGGAAGCAGUCUGUUCUCACCCCAGCUGAUCUCCGUGUCCUUGGAUGCCAGAUGUGGACGUGUGGGCUGUAUCAGUACCUGGACAGAACCUGUUUUAUUCAGUAGGACUUGUAUUUGUGAAACUGUGUGUAGCCACACCCACGAUGCUGAAACAUGAGUGUUUUUUGUUUCUUUAAUAAAAGGCUGUGACUCAGAGCAGCUCCUCUGAGAGGAUGAACUGAUAA